GGUUGAUGGACGGAAUGCCAUUAGACUAAAUGGAGGUAGACCAUGUGGUGAGUGGACGAAUUGGCAAUUUACCCUCCAAAGGUUGCAGAUAUAUAGGGCCUUUGUUUUCCGAGAGAGAAGUCUGUUUUGUUUCAAGUAUGCCAAAACUCAUUUUGUAUACAUGGGUAUCUUAUUGAAUGCCAUGCUAGGUUAUUUAUACAUCCCCGUCUACUGUCCCACAAAUAACUUUUAAUGCGAUCAUUUUCAUCUAUUGAAAUUCACAAUAAUGUUAUCAUUCACUAUAACUAGAUAUGAAAGGUCUAUUCCCAUCAUUUUUUUUAAAUAAAGAAUAGCUGACGGACUGUUGAUAGUCUGCAGGAACAGACCAUUGGUUUUCAUAAUUCGCAUUGUGCAUAAUACAGAGUCUGAAGUGGUGAGACUAGGUAUCGUGAUACAGACAAAGCCUUUGGCGUGUAGUCUUCAUGCUAGACAUGUUUUGGUUGAAGUGUCAAAUAUGUUGCGCCUAUGAUGCACACCCCUGCACAUAAAGCAUACAUCGUAUUUAAAAAAAAUAUUGAAUAAAUGUAUGCAUUGUAGAUGUUGACGUUACUAACAAUCCACAGUGAAGUUUAUAACUCAAUUCAUCUUUGUUAUUUUUGUGUCGAGUGUUUCUACGAAGUUCAACCAGGGAAGUGAGUAAGCCUACUUCCAACAUAAAAUGAUACGGUUAAUUCGUAAACGCAGAAUAUGUCGAAAUACUUAGCAAAGAAACCCCACAUGUUUUCCAUUAUACACUAGUGGAAAAGUACUAGGCUUAUAUCUUAGCAUUGGUAUCAAUAUCGAGCAUAUCCAAAUAGAGACGUCAAUGAAGCAUAUCUUUGAACAAAAAGAGAAAAAUUGGGGGGGGGGGGACUCAAAGUGAACAACAUUUUAUGAAGAUUUUUUUUCUCUCCAAACUCACAUAGAAUUAAAAGCGACCAGACUCCGAUGGACUUUGACCCUGUAUGUAGGAGAGUUAUAUUUUUCACGCCGAGGGGCAUUAAGGCAGAAUAACUAAGGAUAUACUAAAUAUACUAUAGAAAGUGUAUAUAUUAUCUAUGAAUCCUGGAUGUAUACCUUUCAUAGAUGAUUGGAGUGUGAAAGAAGUCGCAUUUCUCAGUCCCUGUCUGAUAUCUCCGUCGGAUUUUACACAUUUAAACAUUUUAUAAUUCAUGUUUAAGAAAUAUGAGUUUGUUAUUCUAAAUUCAAUUUUGUUCUAAUUAUUGUUGAACUAUUUGUUUCUCCGGUGUUCACUUUUCUUGUAAACCGCUUUUCAUUUAUACUGGUUUGGAAUAUCGGCUUUUAAUCUAGAAGGUCAUGUGUUCAAAUCCCACCACCGACCGAGGCAUGAUGUCCUCUCAUGAACCUGGCUACGAAUGUGCACUCUCUUGCAAGGCAUUAUUAAUUGCCACUCCCUACCCAGGAGUAUAAAUGGGCAUGCGUUGGGAUGCAAACGUCGUUGAUUGUCUCCGACUUAAUGAUUAUAGUGUCUUGACUCUUCAUUGCUUGAUUACUCCCCAGGGAGUGGAGAUUUUGUAUAGGCCUCUACUGUGCACGCUGUCAUUCGGAAUCUAAAGCGAAAUUACAUCAUCACCAUUGUUAUCACUGUGAUGUAAAAAAAAAACAGAUGUGAAAAAAUGAAUCAACCCGAUUGCUUUAUCGUUUUUUUAGGCUUAAAAAUGAUAUAUUGACUUUUUAUCGAUUAGAAUAUGAUACGUAAAUUUUGUUGGUCAAUCAACAGUCCAUUCGGUCUGGUCUUUGGCAACAUCAACAGUGUAUAGGAAGACCUAUUCCCUUCUCAAAAUAAUUGUUUUCGCUCUCACUAGUGUUCUGUGUUUAUUGCGAUAUGGAGCUUCAUGUAUUUCGUUAUUGAUAGAGAUCGUGAUUAUCAUGAACUUCUCGAAUUUAUAGUGUUCCGACUGUUAACAUCCUAAAAACACAUGUAUUUUCCAUAUUAGGCAUGAUCUCGUGUUAUUUUUGCGCGCGCCGGUCGGAGGUCGGAGCGUGCGCCAAUCGCUGAAAUCACGCUAUGUGUGUUUACAUCAGAGUGCAUGGGGGAAUCCCCAUUAUCAUCCAGUCUCGUGAUCUUGUAGAUGUCGCAUUUUUUAGUAUGGUCUCUGGGAUCAUUAUUUAUUCAGAGGAUCGCUUGUAUGGACUGCGUGAAGAAGGGAGUUAAAGAUCUUGCAAUAAAUAAGCCUACGUUGUAAUACGACCCAAUCUUCCAUUAAGGAGGCACCCACACUCUUCAUUUAUAAUUAAGUCGCCUCGAAACUUAUUUGUUUAUUAUUAAGUGUUUUUUAUUGAGACAGUCUGCAAAACAUCUUUAAUGUAUACGAAUUCAUUCUUCGUCUAUUUUCCUCGGCGCAUGGAGACGCCUAUGGGCAGUGAUAUGUGCUAGAUACGAACAUCGCCGUGCUAUUGUUCAUGUAUUAUUAUCAGGCCUUGACAAGGGGAAGUGAUAUUAUUAUGAGAAUUUGCAUUGUCAUAACCGCCGUUCUUGUGGUGUGUACUGUGGGCUGUUGGAGCUCGGCCUCCGGUGAAGGUAUACCAGACAAGACAAGAAACAUAACAGUAACAUGGGGCUACGCGGUGGUGAAUAUUCCAUGUUCGGAAGAUUACGAUCUUUCGACACAAAAGACCAUCUUUUGGAAAAAAAAUGAAAGCAGUUUCGUCACACGGUUUAACGAGGGAGUGAAAUAUACCGGUGCAAACUCGAAUUUGACGAAACUAAAUGAUGACGGUUCGCUUUCACUCCGGAGUGACUACCGUGCAGCAGGAAAAUACGAGUGCGUCUUUGUGCGACCGAACAUGCCGAACAAGUCAUACGCCAAAACUUGGACGACGGUCAGAGUUAAAGAACCCCCUCUUCGAGUAAAGGAGUGCAACACGACAGAUAACGGAUCCUCGACUUGCAAAAGGUUUGUUCCGAACGGGACCGAAACGCUCCGGUUCACGCUUAUCAAGGGCGGAGUCGGCGCGACAUCGAACAUCACAUUCAAGGUCGACCAAUCCACCGACGACAUCGGAGUCGAAGAGGAAGGGCCGAUGAAUAAGACCGACAAUGAUGACGGCUCCGUUACGAUCACGAAUAGGUAUGGAGUUGACGUCACUGGUCUCGUGUCGACGACCGAAAUCCAGUUCUUGCUCGUGGACGGACAGAGGACGGAAGAGUAUCGUGUGGUGCUCAUGAAAGCUGAUGAAAGGAUAGGCGAUGCAGGCCCUCAGUUCAGCGCUGGAAAAGCAGCUGGAAUCGCAUUUGGCGUAAUUGCUUGCGUUAUUGUCUGCAUUAUUGUCAUUGGAGUCAUUGUGUGGAGAAAACGGAAACUAUUUUACCGACAAGCCAGAAUUCAGUAUAACCCGCCAACUGUCGAGAUUUAAGAAUGAGUUGCAGUAUGAAAUUCGGAACCGAAAUCAUGUGAUCGACAUGUGAUGCGGAAGCUAUGGCUUAUGAACCACUAGAAGGUACGGGGUUCGAGUCCCGUUAUACGCAGCUCUUAUAAAGGAUCAUCUUCUUUGUGCGCACUAACAGUACUAAGGUAUCGAAAAUGAAUAACUACAAGACAGUAGUAAGGAUUCAUUCAUUCGUGCGUACGAUGUGUGUGCAGUGAUCGGAGGAAACGUGAGAGUAGUAUGUUGCCAUCGAAACUCAUUUAGAACCCCCUCUUACCACCCACGGAAGCAGAGACGUUAUCAUCGCAACAUGCUAUUAGCACCCGUGCGUAAUAACGGACGAAUUUUACGUGAUUCUGAAUGUUCCGGGUUCGAAUCUGAAUUGAAGUCUUUCCGAUGGUGCUCAUUCCGCGGUUGAAAGGUUGGUUCAUAAGAUGUGAAUUCAUGUUCACGGUGUGAUAUGAGAUGCAACGGUUGAGACGUCCUACCAAGGUCGCUAUCUAAAGGAUGACAGUAAGUAGUCUGUAGACACAGACCUGGGCCGUUGUUUUGCAAUUGGCAUGUAGUGCAUACUAUAGAGUCUGAAGUAGUGAGACUAGAUUUACUAUGUACUGUGACUGCCUUUAUUUCAUAGAUAUUUCAGAUAGUUUGGAGUCUAGCCUUCACUCCAGACAUAGUAAAUGAAUUGAUUAAAGUGUCAUCUUUGAGUCUGUGCUUGCAGACUAGACAGAUGCGUGCAAUAGAACAUUGGCUGUAAACCCAGCGCUGAUUUUCACAUUGUCUCACCACUCUGUCAGAAAUCAGUACGAUUUCAGUUUUUCUGGUAUAUGAUCCAUGGUAAAAUGUGGGUUUUUAGCAGAGUAAGCGAAGAUGAGUCCGUGAGAAAAGCUAUAGUCACAGAAAUUGUGUUUACGUUGAUCCCAGCUUACAAGAAAACUUAUCCUAAGUACCAAGAGAUUAGACGAGUUUCAUGUAUUGGUUUCCGACAGGGAUACAUCAUGUCGCCGUUGUGUUUUUAUAUCGACGUUGACAGGGUUAUGGCGACAAUGAUGUUGCUCAGAACCGACUCUGAGGGGGGAAUCCUUUCAAUUUACCCAUGUUAACGGGAAAAAAAAUGACACCACAUAUUUAUUUGAAGAUUGAUUCAAAAUCAACCAAAGCUGGUGUUGACAACUUUCAUGAAUCGUGUAUAAACCAAACGGAGUUUCAUCCUUUCAUGAGUGUAUAUGUAAAAAAAAACCACUCAAUUUAACACUACUGAUUUAGAUCUAUUUAAAAAAAACAAUUGUGCUGCAUUAUAACAAGGCCAGAUACUUUGGUGCGACUGCUUUAGAAAUGUUCACGCUAUGCAUAGUUUGGGGUAAUUUUAUAUAUGCAUCUUUUUAAAAAUACUUAAAUGCAGAGUUUCUUUUAUGAAUAAUCAAGACAUCAAAGUUGGUGCUUAUCUCAUUAAAUUUCAAACCACCAUGAUCAUGCGCAGAGUGAAACUACGAAAUGGCUGAAAGGCCUAAAACGAAAAUUCCCCACUUGUCAAGGUGCGAUGGAGCACGACUAUAAAGUUUCAUCAGUCCCUAUAGGACCCGUAAAGGGGCUUUCACAAUCGGUCUUACGAUCGUUUGCGAUCAUUUGGUCACAAUAUUAUGUUGCACACAGUCGCAUCGGUUGUAAGAUGUCGCACCGCCAAUUGUGAAAGGGGCUUCACA